UGUUAAUUUUCCCAAACAUAACCUGUCAUUCUUCGGUGUGUUUAACGAAGUAAUUUGACUUUUUAAAUGCCAUUUCCUUUAUAAAUAAGAACCAAAUACGAAGUCAAGCAUUGCGAAGAAGAUCUUAUCAGUUAUAAUGGUGCUAUAAGUGUUGAUAGCGUGUGUGUAGGGGAUUCCUCCGGUGUUAGAGCAAUAGUCCAGGUGUGCCUGAAGGUUCGGGCUGUGAACUAUUUGCGGCCUGGCUCGCUGCUCCUGAUCAACAAGCGGCUCUCCGCGUGACAACAGCGCCGGAAAGGUUUUUCUCUAUUCAAAAUGGCACCGUCUCAAUCAGGAAGUGGAGAAAACAACUACGAAGAAUAAGUUGGAUACGUUUCCUCGUUUCGAUUUGUUUGAAGGGAUUUUCAGCCCGCAGCCGAGCGGGAAGUCAGUGGUUGGGAUUGAGGAGAAGAAAGACGCUCACGGUCAUGGAGAGGCUUUGCCGUUGUUAAAAGUGCUGUCUCCUUUGCAGCCCGCCACAGUCUGUAGUGGUAAGAGGGGUCCUUUUCAUCAGUCAGUUGGUGGAGAUGUCCAAAGCUGUGGUCUGAUGCCAACCCUCACCUCAGCACCUGCCAUGGACCGGGAGAACUAUCUGCAUCCAGAAGACUCUCAACUGGACAGCAGCAUGUUCUCUGUGCCCCCGUCAAACACAGAGAGUUCAAUAUAUAGCCCCUGGGGUCCUUCUUCUCAAAAUGGAUACAGUAUACAUGGCCCUGUGCAGUCUGGAAACCAGCAAUACCACUUGAGCAGCAACACUACCAACAACAUUCCAGAAAUGCCUAUGGACCUCUUCUCUGAUUUCUCGGAUGUGGACUUUUCUAGCCUCAGCUUCCAAAGAGAUGGAGAUUUCUCUCAGGACCUGUCCUGCUUUGAAGACCCCUCCACAAACUCUCUGUUCUCUUCUCCGGCUGACUCUCUGUCAGAGUAUGCUGAUACCCAGCCGUUCAUCACCACGGCCGACUCGGUCCCCAGGCUCUGGGACGUCAACACUAGUACCACCACUGCACCAGCACAGAGCCAUUUAGAGCAGAAUGGCUUCAACAAGUUUCACGGCUUGACCAGUUUGGAAGAAAUAAAUGCUAUUAUCACCACUCCACCUUUAGGAUUCCAGACAAACCAGCCACCAGCAGAAGAGGAGGAGGAUGCUGAGGUGGAGGAGACAGAGGAACUCGGACAUGUUGACACGUAUGCUGAGUACAAACCCUCUAAAUCCACUAUAGGAAUUUCUCAUCCUGACAUAGUGGUGGAAACCAACACACUGUCCAGUGUCCCUCCUCCUGACAUCGCAUACACCCUGUCUAUACCUGAGUCGACCAUUAACAGUGGCCUGCUGUCUGCUCUGCAGUUGGAGGCCAUCAUCUAUGCCUGCCAGCAACAUGAGGUGAUACUUCAGAACAACCAGCGAGCGGGGUUCCUCAUAGGAGAUGGGGCGGGCGUUGGAAAGGGGCGCACUGUGGCAGGAAUCAUUCUUGAAAACUACCUAAAAGGGCGGAAAAAAGCACUGUGGUUCAGCAUAUCCAAUGAUCUGAAAUUUGAUGCAGAGAGAGAUCUCAAAGACAUAGACGCACCAAAUAUUCCUGUCCAUGCCUUGAACAAGAUAAAGUAUGGAGACACAGCUACCUCAGAAGGAGUCCUGUUUGCCACUUACUCUGCGCUGAUAGGAGAGAGCCAAGCAGGGGGGCAGCAUCGCACAAGAAUUAAGCAGAUCCUCGACUGGUGCAGGCCAGACUUUGACGGAGUUAUUAUUUUUGAUGAAUGCCACAAGGCCAAGAAUGCAACGUCUACAAAGAUGGGGAAGGCAGUGCUCGACCUGCAGAACAAGCUGCCACGAGCCAGAGUCGUGUACGCCAGUGCGACAGGUGCCUCUGAGCCAAAGAACAUGAUCUAUAUGAGUCGCCUGGGGAUUUGGGGAGAGGGCACACCCUUCAGAACCUUUGAAGACUUCCUGCAUGCCAUUGAGAAGAGAGGUGUUGGUGCAAUGGAGAUUGUCGCCAUGGACAUGAAAGUGAGCGGGAUGUAUAUCGCCAGACAGCUGAGCUUCUCAGGUGUGUCGUUCCGGAUUGAAGAGAUCGGUCUGGACAGCGACUUUAAGCAGGUUUACAACAAGGCUGCUAAACUGUGGGCGGAGGCUCUGCAAACGUUCAUGCGAGCAGCUGACGAGCUGGGUCUGGUCAGCAGGAAGUCUCUGUGGGGGCAGUUCUGGUCAGCUCACCAGCGCUUCUUCAAGUAUCUCUGCAUUGCUGCCAAGGUCCGCUGCCUGGUGGAGCUGGCCCGAAAGGAGCUGGAGGCAGGAAAGUGCAUUGUCAUUGGGCUGCAGUCUACAGGAGAGUCACGCACCAAAGAGGUUUUGGAUGAGAACGACGGGCAUCUGGACCGAUUUGUCUCUGCAGCAGAGGGAGUCUUCCAGUCUCUUGUAACAAAGCAUUUCCCCUCUGAGAAACAAAGGAGGGAGAAAGCCCCGGGGAAUAAGAGAAAACUAUCUUGUCUUGUAAACCAAUCAGGCAAACCAAGAGGUCGUCAGCCUAAGAUGGCCAAGCCGCUUGUGGACACGAGCGGCGUGAUCAACAUAAGUGAUGACAGUAGCAGUGAUUCUGACGGCAUAGACACUGACUCCAACUCCUCCCCAGAUUCCCUGCAGGACAAUGACGACGUCAUCUUUGUCACCCAAACCAACUGCCAGUCUGCCAGGAUAGAAGAGAUGAAGCUGAACCUUCUAAACAAAAUAGCAGAACUGGGAAAAGAACUACCUCUCAAUACCUUGGAUGUGCUAAUUGAUAAAUUUGGAGGACCAGACAAAGUCUCUGAGAUGACUGGUCGUAAGGGUCGCGUGGUGAGACGUCCCGAUGGAAUCGUCCGUUACGAGUCGAGGGCUGAACAGGGAUCCACAAUUGACCACAUCAACAUCAAGGAGAAGGACCGCUUCAUGAGUGGAGAGAAGUUGGUGGCCAUCAUCUCUGAGGCGGCCAGCUCUGGGAUUUCCCUGCAGGCAGACAAGCGAGUGAAGAAUCAGAGGCGCAGGGUCCACAUGACUCUGGAGCUGCCUUGGAGUGCAGACCGGGCAAUUCAGCAGUUUGGUCGAACUCAUCGGUCCAACCAGGUGACAGCGCCGGAGUACAUCUUCCUCAUCUCUGAGCUGGCAGGAGAGAGGCGGUUCGCUUCCAUUGUGGCUAAAAGGCUGGAGAGCUUAGGUGCAUUGACCCACGGAGACAGAAGAGCAACGGAGUCCAGAGAUCUGAGCAAGUACAAUUUUGAGAACAAGUAUGGUACAAAGGCUUUAGAUAAAAUCACCAAAGCUAUUCUCGGAUACAUAGAUAACAAGGUGCCCCCUCCCAAAGGGUACCCUGAGGGGGAUGCCAUGUUCUUCAGAGACAUGAAGGUGGGAAUGAUGGAUGUGGGCAUUUUCUGUAAGGAACCUCGCUUUGGAAUCAAUACAGAGAAAGAUUGCAGCAUCACCAAGUUCCUGAACCGCAUCCUGGGCCUGGAAGUUCAUAAGCAGAAUUAUCUUUUCCAAUACUUCACUGAUAACUUUGAUUACCUGAUUGAAAAAGACAAGAAGGAAGGAAAGUACGACAUGGGAAUCCUAGAUCUCGCCCCAGGAAACGAUGAAAUUUAUGAGGAGCUGCAGGAAACCUUCCUGACACCUGGAAAUCCCCAGGAUGGACAGGUUGUUCUUUAUAAGAUCAGUGUGGACAGAGGUAUGCCCUGGGAAGAGGCGUACAGUAAAUCGCUCAAUCUCAGUGGAAGUGAUGAGGGAUUCUAUCUUUCCCUGAAGCUGCGAGGUAGCCAACCAUGUGUGCUGCUGGCUGAGCAAGGCAGAGGGAAGAACUUCAUCGUCUACAAGCCCAACAUUGGCAAGCAGGCCCAUCCUGAGAGCCUGGAAAAGCUGAUGCAACGAUACCGAAAGGUCACUGCUGACGAAGCAAUGGAUAGCUGGAAGAGCCAGUUCGACUUCUCUUUUAAGAAGUGCAGUCAUGCUAACUGGAACGGGAAGUGUAAGAAAAUCGAGGAAGGUCAGGAGUGUCUGCAGGGCAUGCGCCUGCGUCAGUACCACAUGCUGUGUGGAGCUUUGUUACGGGUGUGGAAGCGGGUGUCCGAUGUGGUGUCGGACAUCACAAAGUCCAGCAUCCUGCAGAUUGUGCGUCUUAAAACUAAGCAGCAUAACAAGCAAGUUGGCAUCAAGAUCCCAGAGACCUGUGUGUCCCGUGUGCGUGAGGAGCUGAUUCAAAUGGACAAAGAGGUGAAGAAGAAGCGAGAGGAGAAGCAGCAGCUGAAGAACAAGCAUCUCCUGGAAAACCUGAACAGUCAGAAGUUCCUGCUGAACCAGUCGGUUGUUUCCAGUUUCCCUCAGAACUCCAUCCACAAACAGACGCUCAGUCAGAACGUUUUACAGCGGACUCAGCCCAGACGCAUGUUUCAGCUGCAGGGCAUGCAGACGCCCACCCAACGCUCCCCACAUGACGUAUCCCUGUUGACCCUACAGAGGCCUCCCAGCAGCCCCCAACAAAGGACCCCCAACAACUGGCCCAGCAAUCCCUCCAGCAUCCAUAGCCAGAGUUCCCUGCCCAACUCGGUUAACCACAACGUUCCCCAGUUUUUUCCUCCAUCUUUAAUCCCUUUUCAGCAGCUCAGUGACCCAGCUGUGCCGCUCCAUCAGCCCACAAUACCCUCCGGCCUGUCUUCCCAAAAUCCCCUGGAGGACAUUUUUGAUCUGACCAUGACCCCGCCUUCGCCCUCUACAGAGAGCACAGAGGGGCGUCUGAAUCUGGACACCCUCACGGGCAACUCUGCAGAGUUUGAGAGCGACUUUAACUUUGAGUCUCUGAUGUCCCAGACUCCGCUCAGCCAGCCUCUGAUGUUUCCACAGCACCUCCUCUCGUCCCAGCAGCAGAACCAGAGCCUGCUCCUCAACAGCCAACACCCGGAAAUUCUGUCCCCACAGAUGCUGACAAAGACGGCCAGCCCUUCGUCCUCGUCCUCCUCCUGUUCUUCCUCCACAUCGUCACACAGCCUCUUCUCCAGCCCACCAUCUUCCUCCUCUUCUUCCCUGUAUUCCCAUCCUUCUUCCUGCUUCCCUUCAUCGUUUCUUCUUUCCCAAGCUGACUCUGUGUCUCUAAGUAAUGGACACAGCAGCUCGGGGACGCUGGACGUUCGGGAGGCUUUGAACAGCAUGCUGCAAGCUGGACCUGACCGUCAGUCUGUCAUUCAGUACCGCCCGCAGGACUGAGGGCGGAGCCAGCCACCGGCUGUCUGCUCUUUGGAAGCUGAUGAUGGCUGCCGCCCGUCCUGUGCCAUCCCUCUCUGUAGCAUCCAGCGGCCUGUGGUUCUGGAUCAGCGUCUGAUUCCUGGACCACAGAGCGUCCUUCACAGUAAACGGCAGCUGUUAACUAACAGGAAGCAUCAGAAUGAGGACAGACGGCAUUGGUCAACAGAAGCUCCUAGACUGAGGUGUGGAAAUCUUCAGAAACCUCCUGCUGCUGAUUUGAAUGAGGUAUGAUUGAUGAGGAUGCUGGACGCCCACCAUGCCUUUGACUAAAUGAAUCCAUACCUUUCAGACUUUGCUUUACUGUUACCACCCAGAUCAUGGCUGCUCCUCUUGACUCAUUCAGAAGUGUAUGCAAGGCUCGUUUGAAUGAAGCAACAAUAGUUUGGAACUGGAAAAGAGAGAAAGACGUGAAAUCUUUUAGCUGAUUAGCCAUGAAAUGCCUCAGUUUUGAAUUUUCAUCGUUCCUCUUGAUUCUCUGCUUGUAUGAACACUAGUCUGACAAAAAGGGAGCGGGGGUUAGUCUGCUGUUGCAAACAGUGCCUUUGAGAAGACAAACUUUAAAUGCAGUCUUUAAAGUCCAUGUAGCCUAAUGUACAGAUUUGUAUUCCAUAGCGUAGGUUUCAUUUUAUUGUGCAGCGGUGUAUUUGAACUGUGAGCCCCUGCUGUGACUCUGUUUAGGGUGUGGGCUUUCCUGGCGAUGCCUUUCCUCAGCUCCUGCAUGCUUUAUGGCUGCGUGGGGGGGUUCGGUUCUGUAUGCAGGGCGAGGGACGGCGUAGGACUCUGCGGGUGAUGUCUGAUGACAGGAAGUUGGGCGUGUGGACGUGGACCUGCUGCUCCUGAAGGUCAUCAGUUAGAGUUCUCGUGCCGCCACAGCCGUGUGAAACAUGCCACAGCUUUCUCGCGAACGUGCAUCCCGUCACUCUCUGGAGCAGAUGCCGCUUGGCCGACACUCCACGCAUCUUCGUCCUGCCUGCUGCUGGGGAAACUGCUCCUCAGCUGGGCGAAUAUGCACCCACCCCUGACAGAAACCAUCUGCCACCAACAGUUUGUGUUUUUUUUACUUCAAAGCUGACAAUAGCACACGUGUGACGUGUUUUCCUCUAGAACUUCUCAGGAACCUCUCUGUUCGUGUCCGUGCGAGUCGUUGUGGAUGUCAGCGUUCCCCCAGCUCUGCGUCUGUCCUGUCACGCGUUCCUCUCGUCGUUUAAACGCUAGAUUCCACGUCAGCUCAAAUUUGUCUGGUUCCAAAUAACUUUUGACAUUGUCUCCUAGCAGAAAGAAUCGUCUGGCUGUGUCUGUGUGAAAGGGAUGCACUGUAGUUGGUCAAAAAGCAAUAAAACCAAGCAACACGUGGGUGUGGAAGCAGAAAGGUUGAAGCAAUGUUUACCUACAGCGGGCAAAGCUGUGUGUUCAUGUUUGCAUGGUGUGGUCUUUUGUUUCUGAGGAUGUACAGGACAUGAGACGGAUGCAUUGUGUUGUUUUUCUGAUCAUUAUUAUGAACUUAUUGCUAUUUAUAUUUAAGGGAUAUUUAGAUUUUAGAAAUGUUAUCUUUCCUAUUCUAAUAAUCAAUGACGUGUUUGGUCAGGGAGAUUGCUGGUUUUCAAGACUGCUAGAAAACAAAUUUGAUGAUAACCUGCCACCAAAUAGGAUUGCACUGUUCUGUACUGCUGUACAGCGUCUGCAUUCGUGUCUCUCCUCGUCUCUCAUAGUCAAGUCUACCACUUGUGGACCUUUUUUUGUUUGCAGAGAUACCAAAGUGUCCCACAGACACCCGCAAGGUGACAGUCUCACAGAUGAGAGGCCGUUUAUCAAUCUCAGGAAGAAAUCCACAACAGGUGGAACUUUGGGCGUUUUUCCUUCUGAACUAGCAAAUCUGUUUCUGUUCUGUCUUCCGUGUUCUGUGCUGUGUUUCUGUUCUUAGAGAGUGAGGCUGCUUUGCUGUUUGUCCUUGUGAAAAAAUGCAGAAUUUGUAAUGUUUAUGCCAUCUUAGGACAAAGCUCAAGCGUUGCGUUUGUGUUUUUUUUGUGUUGCUGCUGUGAGACGUGUCAUCGGUGAAAACGUUGAUGGAUUUGUCGAGUCGCAGCUCGAUGAAGCUGGCCUCCAGCCGGACGUCCCGUCAUCACAGCUCUCUGGUUAUUUGCAGUCGCAGCAGAUUUUAUUUUUACACUUGAGAUGUUCCACAUGUUUACACACACGCACACACACACACACACACACAUACACACAGUUAUUGCACAUUCCCAGUUGUUUGUCCGCAAACGUUUUGUCACAAAAAUAAAGCUUUAUGCAUAUUAGUAGAUAAAGUGGUUGACUUUGAUGUGAGGCGAUCCUUUCUGUGCUCUGUAAGCGUGUUUUGCAUUUGCACUAAGAACGGCAUCAUCCAGCUACUGGGCUUCUCUUGGUUCUGAUUGAGCGCUGCAAGCUUCCUGUUCCUGUUCUGCAAGGAUUAUUUUGUGUAUACUGUAACCUUUUUACUCUUUUUAAACCAUUUGCAUUUUAUGUCAAAUGUUAUCACUCAAAUAAUUUAUUCUUAACAGAAAAAUGAAACAAAAAACAUGCUACUGAUUGUAUGUAUUUUUAAACAAAGCCUAUUUUUUCUGUAAAAAAUGUGUUCAGCACUUUUAUUCUGGGUUUUCCUUUUUGUUUUCUAUAUAUUUAUAAUUUAGAUUCAAAUGUAUAUAUUGUAAAAUUUGUGCCUUUUGACUAAUUCAUAAAAAGGAUUUUCUACUUAUUAAAGGAAGGACUAUAAAUAAAACUGCAGUCUUUUGAAACAAAUAAAACCUGAAAGAUUGCUGAAA